UUCUUUCUGGGCCGUUGUUGCACGGAAUGGAAUUCUCUCUUCGCAUUUUGUUAUCCCCAAAUAGCAGAGGAGGAUGAUAACUUGAAGCAUAAUGAACCUAGAGGAUAUAUUUAUUGCCAUACAAAGUAAAAGGCUCCAAAACCAUAAAGCAUUGACCAUGCAUGAUGAAUACCAGCAGGCCACGGAAUGUGGAUAGCAAUAAUAUAUUUAUGGUAUUGCUAAGAGUAGAAAAAUGAAAGAAUAACGUUAUGUCAAGCAGUCUUGUUUUUACAUUAUAUAGUAUAAAAAAAAUAGGAAAAAAAUAGUACAUCAUGCAUUUACUACAAGUGAUUCGAAACAGACUUUCCCGCCAGAAUUCUGUUGCAUAAGGAGCGAAGUUUAUAGUUAACGAAGACAACAGACUAUACAGAACACCAACCAUUUAUCUUUAGCCAUCUGUCACCAUUUUCCAGCUUCAACAUCACCCACAUGUCAACUCAACCAAUUUCCCCCCCAACAGAGAACCGCUAUAUAAAAGACCACAUUUUGGCGCUCCUCUCUAACAGGCACCACAACAUCUCAUUCGCUGUUCUUUCUCAUCCCCUCUCUCUGAAACCAUUAAUUCAUCAAUGGCUGAACAAGAUAACACUCAAAUUGAUGGAGAGAUUCAGAAUCUUGUUAACAAACUGGAUAAGUGCAUUGCAAACUUUGAUGGAAAGAGGCAAGUUUUCGAUAAUGCAAUUGGGGAAAAGAUCCAAUCACUGAAAAAAGAUCGAGGUGAAGCCAGGGAACUGAGGUUGAGUCUUCAUCAAGAAUCUGGUGAUACAAGGAGCAAGAAGAUUGAUGUUGUGAAUCAAUGGCUGAAUCAGAAGGCACUGAUCAGUGGUGACCCAGAUUACUGUGAUUUAUCUGUGCUUAUUGUUGAUGAUGAUCGUGCUGUUCGAGACAGCAUUCGGAGAGCGAUGAUGUCAUAUGGGGCACAGAAGCAGUUUAUAAUAGAUGUUCAAGAGGCCAAGAAUGGAAGAGAAGCUGUUUAUCUUCAUCUUGGUGGAGCUUCUUUUGAUAUUAUUCUUAUGGACAGUCAAAUGCCCGUCAUGAAGGGACAUGAGGCAGUAAAGAAGUUGCGUCAGAUGGGUGUUAAGAGCCGGAUCAUCGGUGUCAGUUAUCAAUUUGAGAAACCAGCUUUCAGGGGCUCAAGCAUAAACAAGUGGAUUAAAAAGCCAUUGAAUCUUGAAAAGAUCGCUGCUAUCUUUUGUUAACCCAACAAACAGAGAGUUUCUAGGUCGCAUUGGUUUGUGUUAGCUUUUUUUCCAAGUUAGAUGCAGAGAUGAGCUCUAUGAAUAAAGUUUCUGACUAGCAAGAUGAAUUGGGAAGUGUUGUAUUGCUUAACUGUAUUGGUUUUCACUGAUCUGGUGUCAGUAUUUGUUUUCACUGAUCUGAUAGAAACUCAGAUUUAGUUAGUGCGGAGAUGACUCCAAUGUAUACAGAAUUUGAGUUUUGUUUCUGCAGCAAUUCAUAUUCCUUAUAAGCAUUUAAAUAGGAAGAUAAAUGAACUGUGGAACUGAAUGUAGGAGCCAGAAGAGGGUUGAGACUUAACUGGAGAUUGAUUUGCUAAUAUAUAACGGAAUUAGCUGGCUUUAUAGGAAAUGACCUACCUCGUGUCUGGAUAAUCCCAGCCUAAUUGCAGGUUCUACUUAAUUGACUCCUGCCUUUGAACAUUACGGUUUUCAGUUUGGAGGCUUAUAGGUCCUUCUUGUUUCUGUUUUUUCAGAGAUAUAAUGAACAAUCGAAAAAUUUCUUACAAGCUAUGAUAUGAACAUAAAAUGAAUUGUAGAACCAAAUUUUCUUAGAGGCGGCCAUAAAGACCGAACAAGGGAUUGACAAGGUUCAAGCUAAAUUGGCUAGCUCGUGAAAUGCUGAAAAUUCUGCUUGCCAGUUUUCAUCGGUCCAGGUACCGGUGAGGAGUUAAAUUCUUAGAUUUGAUCACACAUAUUUAGGUACUGCAGCAAUGAGAAUGUGAUUUCUUACCGCAUAGCAGACUAGCUAUCAAUUCGAGGCAUAUGUUGUAUUCCUCUUUUCUUUUAAUUAUGUUC